GGCUGAGGCUAGCUGUCUUGUUAUGUAGCAUCCAAGCUAACAAGCUAAGUUAAUGAGGCUAGCUGUCUUGUUAUGUCAGCUAGCCUCAGCCACACUUAGCUUGUUAGCUCGCAUGCUAACACAACCCCCCUCCCACCACGCUGCUGUCCAGCCACAGCAACACAUCCCAGAAGCAUGCGGUGUGAACUCUCCCCGCUAAAGGCCCGGACAGUGACAGCAGCCUCCUAGCUAGCUGGCUAGCUAGCCGGCUAGCUGGCGUUAGCUCCCAGCACUGACAGGUCUGUGUCCACUGCGCUGCCCUCUCCUCUCCUCUCACCAUUCAAUGAGGCAGCAGUGCGAGGCGAUGACAGCGCUGCGAGACACGGAAGAUGCCAGUGAAACAGACCUUGCCAAGCAUGACGAGGAUGACUAUGUGGAAAUCAAAGAGCAAAUGUAUCAAGACAAACUGGCCUCUCUGAAAAGACAGUUGCAGCAAUUACAAGAAGGUACACUGCAGGAGUAUCAGAAGAGGAUGAAGAAGCUCGACCAGCAGUACAAAGAGAGACUCCGAAAUGCAGAUCUGUUUCUCCAACUCGAGGUGAGUACGGAGCAGGUGGAGAGGAACUACAUCAAGGAGAAGAAGGCAGCGGUGAAAGAGUUUGACGAUAAAAAGGUUGAACUGAAAGAAAACCUAAUUGCAGAGCUGGAGGAGAAGAAGAAGAUGAUCGAGAACGAAAAAUUAACAAUGGAGCUGACAGGCGACUCGAUGGAGGUAAAACCUAUCAUGACUCGGAAGCUGAGGAGACGGCCCAACGAUCCGGUCCCAAUACCAGACAAACGGAGAAAACCUGCUCCAGCUCAGCUAAAUUAUUUGUUAACAGACGAUCAGAUAAUGGAAGAUUUAAGAACACUUAAUAAGCUUAAAUCACCAAAACGGCCAGGUGUCUCUCCCUCUCCAGUGUCUCCCUCGUCUCCAGAGCACGUCCCCUCCGCCCCCAUGGAGAGCCCCUCCCAGCGCUACGAGGCCCGCAUCGAGGAGGGGAAACUCUACUACGACAAAAGAUGGUACCACAAGAGCCAGGCCAUCUACCUGGAGUCAAAGGACAACACAAAGAUCAGCUGUGUCAUUAGCUCAGUGGGGACAAAUGAGAUUUGGGUGAGGAAGACGAGCGACAGUACAAAGAUGAGGAUCUACCUGGGCCAGCUGCAGAGGGGAGCGUUUGUCAUCCGCCGACGGUCGGCUGCGUGAAAUAUCACCCAACACCCAUCUGUUCAUUUAUCCAUCCAUCCGCCCGCUUGUUCAUCCACUGUUUCCCUAUUUGGAGCAUCUCACAUGUGGCGUCAUGUUCUUCAUCAUAUUCACUAUGAUGAAGAACAUUACACAAAACAUACACACACAGUCUUCCGUUGACCAAGAACAUCUCACCAGAUUUCAUCCGUUUCCCCACAUAAACCAAAUGAUAAUACAGUAAAAGUGGUAACUGACUGUUUUCCAGCAUUAUUUGUCACUAUGUGGCUUGUGUGAGGAGGCAGUUAGUGGUCAUAAAAGAGACGACUACAACUCUUUUUCCACACCAUUCUGUCCUUUUACAUUUAUCGUUAAGUUAUUUUUCUUCGACAGCCUCAUGUUGACCCACAGAAACAGUCUUGAAGCCUUUCAGAGUAACACUGAGAAAAGGGAUGUGAACUGCUGUAGGUUUGGAUGAAUAUCAUAAAUCACUGGACUAAAGAAGUCACGGUUUACGUAAACCAGAAGUCAUGUCCUUUCCAAACAAUGCCAAUUUUUUUGUCAUCAAGAAAACGGCUGCUUUAUACCCUGAUGGUUUGUCCAAAAAACAUGUUUAAAAGUCCUCUGUACAAAACCCUAGUUUUUUUUAUUUAGAGAAAAAAAGUGUUAUUUCUUUGCCAGUUUGUGUGAUCCUCUUCUCCAUAUGCGAACGAUCUGGAUGAGUUCAGCUGUAUUUGCAUGUGGAGCACUAAGUUGACUAUUGAUUUGUACUGUGUUACAUUUUAUUAAAAUGUUUUCUG